GGUAAGCAGUAAAAUGGCGCUGCUGGUCGGAGGAAGGCUGGUUACCGGGGUUGGAGCGGUGGCAAUCAGAGGUGGAGGCUGGAAUUGUGUUUGCCAGAAAUCUACGUAUACUGCUCUUCCCAAUGACUAUAACUGUAAAGUUGAACUUGCAUUGACGUCAGAUGGACGGACAAUUGUUUGUUAUCAUCCAUCGGUGGACAUCCCAUACGAACACACCAAGCCCAUCCCACGACCAUCCCCUGUGGAGAAUAAAGAGGAGACUCACGAACAGGUACUAAAGGCCAGAUUAGAAAAAGAAGGGCUGCAAGAUAAACAGAGGCCUACAAUCGAAGAACUCAGCAAAAUGUUCUACACAACGAAACACCGUUGGUAUCCAUUUGGACAGUAAGUACUAUUUGUCCAG